UAAAACAGAUCUUCUCCAGUGUCCUGCGAUUACAAACAUACCUAAAUUUAUAAUGCAUGUGCUGUUGUAUGGUUAGAGUACUGAAUUAAGUACAACGCGUUACGGUACUUUCCAGAAAUAAAACCCGGUAUUCCACGCAACUCCGACUCAAUACAACGCCACUGACAGCUUCAUCAUGUCCGACUCAUUUCAACUUGAAUGAUAUUUAUAGAUGUAGUUAAGAACGAUUCGAUUGAAAUGAGCAAGUCGGAAUAACGUCGAGCAAUCUGUAAGGUCAGAACGCAUUACUUCCACAGGAGUAAUCGUAAUAAUAAUUCGUUUAGCUACAAUGAGCAAAAUGACGCGUGGCGAAUCGUAUUGUUAGUGUAUAUUAUUCAACGACAACUGAGCCCUCCUGCUGAUCUCCAUUCAACUAUUAUUAAUUUAUUUUUACUAUAAAAUUUUACUUAACUGUCAUACCAUGGAUGGAUACGUUGAUGGUCAUACUAUAACCUCCUUGCUAUAACCUAUUGCAGUUGCUACCGAAGAGUCGGGGCGGGAUGUUGCAUCGUUGAUUUUGCUGAUGGUUUAUCAUUUACCAAAGCCCAAUGCUUACUUGUUACCUUGAGAUCGACCGCAUAUCCAUGAUGUGGUAGGAAUGCACGAGUUGAUUAUUGUUUUGACAGGAAAUAUACUUCAGACAGCUUGUAAAUGUCAUAUUCCGCGUGAUUCCACUAUUCGGAUGAUACGCUUGGUGUAGGCUGAACGAACACACAAUAAAAAUGAGAGGUUGUUCGAGUAUUCGGUUUUCACGAUGUCUUCGUCGUGUUCCGUUCGUAUCUGUUUUUGCCUUCCUACUGUACGUUGCAGGACUUGUAAUAUUUGUCAAGAGUUUACUCGACGUUCUUGAAGACUUUGAUGUCAUGUUCAAUGAGACAAUAGCUAGUGAUGACGUUCAGACAGCAAUCAGGAGGGUAGAUGACGUCAUAAUUUACGUCACUGCAGGAAUGAGUGCAUUUGGUCUUGUACUCAUAAUAGUUUCCGUCUUGGAGACGGGCCCUACUAGAAGUCGUGCGUGCAGAGGAAAGCUGUCUCGCUACUGUGGUGUAGGAACUACGAGUUUGCUUGGUUGUAUUACAUUUAUAUUAUGCGUAGCGUGGAUAGCAAUCACAGUACUGUUUGGCUUCCCAACGACAUUGGUCAUUAUGUUAACCGGAUUUUGUGACUCGGUUGAAAACUUUGAUCAAAAUACUUGUCUGGAUCUUACAUCUUAUGGCUUCAGGCUAGGAGUCAAUAACAAAAGUAUCUGUGGGCCACGUUUGGAAGACUUCUGUCAGCAAUCUGAUGACGUAAUGGAGUCGACGAUUUUCUCGAUCGCAGCUUGUGUAGCAAUAGCAAUCUCACUGGUUAUAUUCUUGAUCGGCUUAGCGGCGAACUUUGCUUACGUACGGACUUUUGGUAAAUUGCAAGGAAUUCGAAAAACUGGCAACGCAAAUGAAAACCAUGGAACGUAUACUAACGAGGACCUAUUUAUGAACCCCGAAACAAGAACGACAGAUUUGUAAUACAACACAAAGACAUUUAUUUCUGACAUCAUUGGCGGAAUACAAAAUAAUGUAUAUAAAAUAUACAUUUUAAAGCUGCAAUUUAUUAAUAGCAAUGUUUAUUGGCUGAACAGAUGAUCUAUCUAAAAUGCUGAAUAAACUCAACCACAAGGAAUUAUUAACUAUUAUUAUGCAUGUUUAAUUAUACGCCUAAUAUCUUCCCUUUUGAUACGUUUUUGUCUAGGCGUUAUUAGCUGUCAAUGAAUGUAAAUAACACGUUGUGUAUGUCUACAAUGGAUAUGUGCUAAAAAUAUUGGAACAUUUUGGAGAAGUGCAUCCUGAUUAUAUUGAUGUCACAAAGCAACAAAACUCGAUCGUAUCACAAGAAUAUCCACCAAGGGAAAUCCAGGGUUCAGAGAUACUUACAAUUAUCGGAAACAUAGAGUGUUGGGAUCAUUCAAUACGCGACACAAUACAUAUAGCAGACAGUGCUCAGUUGAGAUAAACUCAAUAUCCGCCAUCUUGAAUUGAUUUCGUCACAAGAGAGAUCGUGAUUGGAUUCAGAGUAAACUAGCUGAUUUGUUGAGACCGUUCUAUUAAAUAUGCGUGAAUUACUAAAACGGCUUCGUGUUAUUUGAUGCGUAGAUUUGGAAAAGCACACGUCUAUUCAAUCGAAUUAUUGUUGUUAUUGAUAAUGUUUAUGUUGAUCUGACCUGAAGUCAAAACAUGACCUGUUUGGCGGUCACUCGACUGUCAUGGUUUCAGUGUGAAAGGAGAAAUAAAGAGCUGAGCAACUGUUUGUUUAUUCUGGCCUAUGAUCUCUUUUUAUUGUAAUUUAUCAGUUAUAUUAUAUGGAAGUACCGGUAGAUGGUUAUUAUUGGUUUUAUUUUCUGUUUACUCUUGAGGGUUCCAACAUACUGUAAUAAACAAUCCAAGAUUCCAUCCAUGACGUUUGGACAUUCAGUAAAUAUUUUAAGUAAAACUUGAAAUAUUUUAAUAAUUGGUUUAAAGAAUGUACAUUGCUUUUAACGAAUAUUUUUAUUUUGUUUAGUGCUUUAUCAAAUGCGUCGCCUCCGUCCCUUACCUGCUUAAUAUUAUCGUUAGGCUAAUAUAUAAAAUCCACAUUGACACACGUUAAGUAGUCAAUCAAUGUGUUUUCCUUCAGAGCACCCCUUUCAGAUAACGUCACCACCCAGCUCACUAAUUGGACGAACUUUCAGCUAAGCCCCGCCCCUUGGAUAUUGUUGCUAAGGUUCCACACUGUAGAAACGCACGUAAACACGUGCCUUUUUGUAGGGCACGCGUAUUUCUGACCUUGUUCUGAUUGGUCAGUUAAGUUUGAGUGACACUCUGGAAAGGUUCAAUUUUUAUUAUUAUUACAGAUGAUACCAUUAUUAGUAAUGGAAUAAUUAUAAACUUAUAACCUACACAGUAACUAAAACGUACCGUAGUUAACGUAAACUUUAUUUGCACAAAACAGACAGGGUGGUGGGCUUACGAGGUAAAUGUUAUGUUUAACAUUAACAAUAUAAUGUUGACAUAUUGAUGGGUGUUGAUGGAGGUGGGGUGAAUGUUAAGUGGGGACUCGAUUGUCAGGUGGUGGAUUCGAAAUGGAGGUUUUUCUUGGGCACCAGUAUUACUGGUCAAAAUAUUGAAUAUUGUUUAUUUUAAAACUCUAUUCCAUUUUUUUUUAACGAAUACAGCCACAUUUGAGUCAGUUAAACUUUUAAUGAUUAAAUUUCUGUAAUAAAUUUAAUGGACAUUAAAAGAAAUUCCUCAAUAUUUGUGUUUUCAUUCUAUGAAUUUAAUCAAUAUACGUUUAUAGCAUAUGGUUUAACUUUCGAAAUCUAAACUAUGGAAAAUGCAACAAUUUACGAGAUAAUGAAAAAAAUAAAUAAAUUAUAAAUCAGUGUUAUAAUACCUUAUUUGUAUAUAAUUAUGACAUAUCUAGCUACUGCAUAUUGAUCAGUUAAAGGAUAGCCCAUACAUAAUAUAAAAUUGAUGUUCGAUACUUGAUUUAUAACCGUAGUUUAAUAGCCAAUUAUCUGGCCUAAUAAUAAGCUAUAUAAUAUGCUACUGGUGGAGAGUAUACGAAAGUCGUUCAGUAUUUUAAGAACAAGUUAUAGGCCUAAGUCUAACUUUCUGUUACAUCACCGUCACGCGGUCGGUUAGACUAGACAGGAUCGUUUCCAUAAAGUUUGAAUAGAUCUUCCGUGAACGUUUUGCCACGUUUUCGUUUCCUCGAGACAUGGUUUGACUUUUACAGAGUUGAUGUAUAAUAUGGAAAUAUAAUCAUGCUGGCAGCAUGCUGUAAUAUUAAUAAGUUAAACCAUAAAAAUGCAUGCAAACAUCAGGCAAUGUUAUCAGUUACGAUUUAUUAUAGACACAACCAAUAGGCCUAUGUUUUUCAGCCGAGAAUGUGUAAGAAGUUAUUUGAUCAAGCAAGUCUUUCCAUGUAUUUUGAAAGUCGAACGUUUGACUGUGGACGUUAGCCUAUAAGGACUGUCCACACACAUUGGCCAAUUCGUAGUUCAAACGUCGCUUGCUUGUAUCCAAUGUCAGUCGACGUAAACCUACGCUCUGUGUAUGUUUUUUUUUGUUUAUGUCGAUUGACAUUUGACACGGGCAUGCGCACUUAUAACUAAAAAUUGGUUUAUACGUACCUCUAAUUUUAUACCGUCAUGCAAUCGCACAAAAGGUAUUAUCUCAAAGCUUCCCACCUCACCAUUGCAUUUUUGAAAUUCUGAGUUGUCUCAGAAAUAGUGUACAGAUUAGGCCUAUCAUUUAUGUAAGUUAAAUUAUUUUUACUUACUUUUUUCUGUGUAUAAUACACCUCAAAUAAAUUUACACUAAACUAA